AUUUCGCCGAACGUUCCUUUCGCGCUCUUUUGGGAACGCUCGAGGAAACAUCCGUGGUCUGUUCUGUUCCCGCACGGCCUGCUUUGCCAGUCGCAUUCGCUCCCGAUCGUGGGAAAAAAAAAAAGAGAAGAGGGAAUAUCCGUGAAGAGAGGUGGUGCGCACGAGAGAGCCGAGGCGGUGCUGCAUAACGCAACGGCGGCAAUUAUUACGCGAUCGGGUGUUACGCGUGAUACUGCAUAUUGACGUAUCUACGUACACCGCAUCGAGCGACCCUUCGGGACGGAAUGCAGUUAUCUGUGUAGACCGAAGUAAGACGCAGGGCCAUCGCAGCGGAACGAGGCACUCGAGGAGCGAAGUCGGGAGUUUAUCGUGACAACGGGAUCGUACAUCUCGCGAUAGCGCGACGGCGGAGGACUGCGGUACCGGCACACAUUCGUCCAGCACACGAGCACGGGAAUUGGUUAUUGAAAAAAUGGCGGCCGAGGCAAUGCUGAAUAAGAACCGAAUGAUGGUGUUUAAGAACAAAGGCAAGGACCAGGAGGAAAUGAGAAGAAGACGUAAUGAGGUGACGGUAGAACUACGUAAAAAUAAGCGAGAGGAAACCUUGCAAAAGAGGAGAAAUGUACCUAUCACAGAUUCAACAGAUGAGGAUGACAUUGAUAAGCAGCUUGCAAAGAUCAAUUUGGAAGAAUUGGUAGCAAAGGCAGGUAGCUUAGAUCCUACAGUACAAUUACAAGCUGUACAAUCGGCAAGGAAAUUAUUGUCAUCAGAUCGUAACCCACCCAUUGAUCCAUUGAUAGAGAGUGGUAUUUUACCAAUCUUGGUUCGCUGUCUUGAACAACAUAACAAUCCAUCGUUGCAAUUCGAAGCGGCCUGGGCUUUAACAAAUAUUGCAAGUGGAACAUCUGCCCAAACACAAGCUGUAGUUGCCGCUGGUGCAGUGCCACUGUUCUUGCAUUUGUUGCUUUCAAGUCAACAGAAUGUAUGUGAACAAGCAGUAUGGGCCUUAGGUAACAUUAUUGGAGAUGGUCCAGUACCUAGAGACUACGUUAUUAAUCUUGGUGUUGUAAAGCCAUUGCUAACAUUUAUUAAACCAGACAUACCAAUUACAUUUCUACGUAACGUAACUUGGGUUAUCGUAAACUUAUGUAGGAAUAAAGAUCCACCGCCGCCAGUUCAAACCAUAAAGGAGAUUUUGCCUGCUCUAAAUAUGCUUAUUCAUCACAAUGAUGUUAAUAUUCUUGUUGACACUGUAUGGGCCUUGAGUUAUUUAACUGACGGUGGUAACCAGCAAAUUCAAAUGGUUAUAGACAGCGGUGUUGUCCCUCGUUUAAUACCACUUCUUUCGCACAAGGAAGUCAAAGUGCAAACUGCUGCUCUUAGAGCAGUUGGUAAUAUCGUGACUGGUACAGAUGAGCAAACGCAAACUGUUCUAAAUUGUGAAGCACUUACGCAUUUCCCCAAUUUACUGACUCAUCCAAAAGAGAAAAUUUGUAAAGAAGCAGUCUGGUUUCUUUCAAAUAUUACUGCCGGUAAUCAAUCUCAAGUUCAAGCAGUUAUAGACGCAGGACUUUUAUCACUCAUUAUUCGUAAUUUAGCAAAGGGAGAAUUCCAAACACAAAAAGAAGCAGCAUGGGCCAUUAGUAACCUUACGAUAAGUGGUAAUAGAGAUCAAGUUGCACGGCUUAUACAAGAAGGAGUUAUUGGUCCAUUUUGUGACCUCUUGUCAUGUAAAGAUACUCAAGUUGUACAGGUGGUAUUGGACGGAAUUCAUAAUAUGCUUAAACUUGCUGGAUCGCAAGUUGAACAUUUGGCGAACAUGAUUGAGGAAUGUUCCGGUCUGGAUAAAAUUGAGGCAUUGCAAAACCAUGAAAAUGUAGAUAUUUACAAACUAGCAUAUGACAUUAUCGAGCAAUACUUUUCAGAAGAGGCGGAUGAUGCACCAUUGGCACCGCACGAAGGUGCUUUUGAGUUUGAUCAGACGACGAGUAUUCCGAGUGAAGGUUUUAAAUUCUGAGAGGGUCUCCACUUCUUAUCCGAUCGUGCCGUCCCCCGACAAACUCCAACGUGGAGCUAUUUUGCUUUCUCUUUUCUAUUUCUACAUUUCCUUCCUACUCCAAUGAAAGCAUAGCAAUAUGAAUUUAAUGCUACCGAUUCAAUGAUUAUUGCGUUUGUUCUUACAAACAUACAGUGUGAUUCAUAGACUUUUCCGUAUUCGGAAAGAACGCAGCAAGAGACAAGAGCCAAUUAUGGAAUGAAGGAGUUUGUAACCAUCCAAUUGUGCGUCUGUGGACUUUAAUUUUUUUCCCCUUUUCUUAUAAUGUAUGUUACCUUUUUCUUUUAUAAUAUACGAUAAAUGCGUAUUAGCUGUCUUUAGCUAAACGCAACUAGCUACAUAACGCAUGAGUAAAUUAUUCUAGAAGUCGAAUAACAAUAAGGUGUUAAGUUAAUGGAAAAAAAAAGGAUCUUUCUAUCGUGCUUGAUCAUACUGCUCUCCUCUCUAACUCAGGAUGAGUCUUGGUUAGCGAUAUUACUUUUAUAAAAUAAUUCGUGUAUAUUUUAGGCAUGUUAAAUUUAUAAUGAUAUUGAUUACUAAAUAAAUGAAUCAAUUGACUA